AGAAAAAGAAACUGUUAAACACGCAAAAAGACCCCAAUAAUUACAAAUAAAUCUUUGUAUUUACAGAAAACAGGUCGGUGAAAGCGUUUCGUUGCUGGCAGGCAUAUAUCUGACCAGUGACCCCGUUUCCCGUAAGAGUCCAUUCCAUAAAUUUUCGUCGUCUUCUCUCUUUUUCUGCCUGAAGAAAAUAAUAGCAAUGUCAUCUUCCUUCACGAGUCUUCACAUCACCGCGUUAGACGCGAUAGUGAACGUGAACUCCCUUUUCACUCUCGCUGUCUUCGUAGGCCUAACGUGGAACCCUAACGAUCCGGAGAACAAUCUCAACUCCGAUCCGGCGUGCGCUCCCACCGCCGCCAUCGCCGAGAACCUCAUCGCCUUCCACGUCUACUCCUUCAGCUCCUUUCUCUUCUCCAGCCUUGUCGCACUUGCGCUCAAGCAGGCUAUUCGCCUCUCCCGCACCACCUCUUUCCACUACCCCGCCGCCGUCGAGCACCUCGUCGCGCACGUCAACCGCUCCUCCCUCCGCGUCGGAAUGCUCGUCUCUGCUGUGGGAUCCGUCUUUGGCUGCUCCUUUCUCAUGCUUGCGCUUGUCAACGUCGCGCAGAUAAAGCUUGGAACGCUUGCCUGCGGAAGCUCGCACACCUACGCCGCCGUCGUUCCGCUUCUCAUCCUCGUCCCCAUUGCGCUCCUCAUCUACGCCUCGCUCGUUCUGGUACAGACAGUAAUUAUGGAGGUGCAGAAGCAAAAACCAUUGUUUUAUUACAAGGAAACGACUUCACCAACUUCUAUUAAUUUGUUUCGGGGCUGGACAGUAAAUAAGGCCUACCUUACCAUAUGGGCUUUUGCGUCAGCCAUUUACUCGUGUUUAAAAGCAGCUUCAUUCAUUAAGAAAACAUCUAUUUAUAUUCGACAAGUGAUAUUUUAUAAUUUUUUAAUAAUUAUUCUAUUAAUGAUUUUUAAUCAGUGCUUCUAGGACACUGGUUAACGAGACAGUUCAUAUUUUCCUUACA